AGCAGCCCGGGCCGCGGGAGCCGCGAGCCGGGCGCCACGCGCGGGGGGUGGGCGUCGUUUGCUCCGCCCCGCGAAGCCCCGGAGUGUCUAGGGCCGCGGCCGCUCCGCGCCAGGCGCUCUAGGCUCCGCCGUGUGGCCGCCGCCGCUGCCAUGUCCCCGGGGAAGCCCGGGGCGGGCGGAGCGGGGACGAGGCGGACUGGCUGGCGGAGAAGGAGGCGGAGGCGGCGGCUGGAGGCGGAGACGAGGGCGCCCGGCUUCGGGCACACGGCGGGGCGCGUCCAGGGCACGUUCCAGGGUGCGCAGGGCAUGAAGCCCGCGGCGCUGGAGACGCGGCCACCCCCGCGCUCACCCGGGCUCCGCUGGGCGCUGCUGCCGCUGCUGCUAUUGCUACGCCUGGGCCAGGUCCUGUGCACAGGUGCAGGCGCGGCUUUGAGCCCUGUAUUUGGCAUUGAAGCUGUCUCCAGCCCAACCAGUGUGGAAUUAACAUGGAGGUACAACGAUUCAGCGGUUUCAGAGUACACUUACAGAAUAGAGAAUAAGAUGGAGAAGAAUCUGACGUUUACUACUGAGAAAAACCAAACGUCAUAUAACAUCACAGGCUUAAGUCCAGCUACUUUCUAUACAUUCUCCAUCACUCCAAUAGCAGCCAAUCAGACCUUCGGAGACCCCACAGAUAAAAAUGUCACAACAGAACCUUUGCCGGUGACUGAUCUCCGAGUUGCCUUCAUGGGUGUGACGCAGGCCCUUCUCACCUGGAGCAACACAAAUGGCUCUGCCUCCUACCGGAUGCUUCUUGAAAGCUUUGGAAACUCCCCAGAGUUGACUCCACAUUUACCCAUCAAUUUUUCAGGCCUGACGCUGGGGGCCCAGAGUAACUGUUCUUUCCCAGAAUCAAAGGAGACACAGAAUGACUUACUGGUUACAGAAGAUACCAAUGGUAGCAAGAGAAGCCCAGUGGCCAAGCUAUGCCAACUCCACAGGAACUUUCUCAACUCCGUAGACCCAUCUUCUGUCCAGGGUCCCUCCCUAGAGGUCUUGCUCACUGGGCUAAAGCCGGAUACUGACUACAGUGCCGUCGUUUAUUCUCAAGCAGUAGACGGCACAGAAGGACAGCCUGGGAAUAAAGAAGUGUUUACAACAAAUUCCAGCCAGGUUUUUGACAUCAGAGCUGUGAACAUCAGUGCCACAAACAUGACCCUGACCUGGAAGAUCAAGUAUAAUGAUGGGUCAUCUUUUCCCUACACCUACAAGAUACAUGUGGCUGGGGGGACUAAUUCUAUCAAUCAAACUGUCAAUAAGACUGAGGCUAUCAUCUAUGGACUCAGCUCGAGCACCUUAUACAACAUCACAGUACGUCCUUUCCUGGGUCACAUCGAGGGCACACCAGGCUUCCUCCAAGUAUAUACUUCCCCUGGUCCAGUUUCUGACUUCCAUGUGACAAAUGUCAGCACAAGGGAAAUUGGUUUGACUUGGAAAAGCAAAGACUCACAGUCAUUUAGGAUCCUUACCAUGCAGGAGGGAAGUGAGAAGAGUAAAAAUUAUACAACUGGAAGCCAGAGCUUUACCAUUGAAGAAUUAAAGCCUGGGACCACUUAUCAUUUUGAAAUAUUUCCACGAGGACCAGAUGGGACUGAAGGGCCAUCCAGAACAGUUGAUGGCAAAACUGACCGCAGUGCUGUGAUCGACAUCCAAGUGGUCAGUGUUGGCACCAGUGAGAUGCAGCUGGAGUGGAGGAACACAGACGGUGCUUCUAGGUACCACUACCAGUACCACAUAGUUCUGGUGUCUGAACACAGCCCCCACGAGACCAACAAGACCACCGUUUCUCAGAAAGCCGUCACACUAAAGGGCCUCACCCCAGGCACCUUAUAUAAUGUCACAAUCUCUCCAGAAUUGGACCAGGUCCCAGGUGACUCCAGCUCCGUUGCCCAGUACACACGGCCCAGCAAUGUGUCUGACAUUAAAGUAAGCACCAACACCACUGUGGCGGUCAUCUGGUGGAAGUAUUUGGACCCAGCCCCUCGUAAGUUUUCCUACUGCCUUAUCUUGAAGGCUGGAGAUGGCAGCAAUGUAACUAAGAUGGUCAUAGACACUGGAAUCACUUCUGUGACAAUCGCUGACUUAAUCCCUGGCUCCUUUUACACAGUGGAGAUCUUUGCAAAAGUUGGGAAUGUUACAGCAUCACCUGGCUGGAAGUUGUUCUGUAUGGAACCUGCACCAGUGGCCUUCUUCCACUGUGAGAUGGUCCCUAAGGAGCCAUUUCUGGUCCUGAAGUGGCCCUGUCCCCCCGGCGUGAAUACAGGCUUCCAGCUAGGGGUCAGGAAUGACACUUGGAACUAUAUGACACAGCUGGAAAACUGCACUUCAGAGAAUGACACAGAAUGCAAGAAAAAAGUACCAGAUUUGACGUUUUCUACCUCGUACAACAUUAGCAUUGUCACCUUGUCACAUGGAAGAAUGGCAGUCCCCACCCAGAGCACCUGCACCACUAGCAUCACAGACCCACCUCCUCCAGAUGAAUCCCCUAAUAUUACAUCUGUCAGUCACAAUUCAGUAAAAGUUAAGUUCAGUGGUUUUGACGCCAGCCAUGGACCUAUCAAAGCCUAUGCCAUCAUUCUCACCACUGGGGAAGCUGGCCAGCCUUCUGCAGAUGUUUUGAAGUACACAUAUGGAGAUUUCAAAAAGGGGGCCUCGGAUACUUACGUGACAUACCUCAUAAGAGUGGAAGAGAAGGGGCGCUCUCUGGGCUUGUCUGAUGUCUUGAAAUAUGAAAUCAAUGUGGGGAACCAAUCCACCACCUUCGGCUACUACAAUGGGAGGCUGGAGCCUCUGGGCUCCUACCGGGUAUGUGUUGCUGGCUUCACCAAUAUUACUUACAGCCUUCAGAAUGGUGGACUCAUCAGUGGGAAUGAGAGCUAUGUUUCUUUCAGUCAGUAUUCAGAUGCUGUGUUCCUGCCUCAAGAUCCAGGUGUCAUCUGUGGAGCAGUGUUCGGAUGUAUCUUUGGUGCCCUGGCCAUUGUGGCUGUGGGAGGCUUCAUCUUCUGGAGAAAGAAAAGGAAAGAUGCCAAGAAUAAUGAAGUGUCAUUUUCUCAAAUUAAACCUAAAAAAUCCAAGCUAAUUCGAGUGGAGAAUUUUGAGGCCCACUUUAAGAGACAGCAAGCUGACUCCAACUGUGGGUUUGCCGAGGAGUAUGAGGAUCUGAAGCUGAUUGGAAUAAGUCUACCUAAAUGUACAGCUGAAGUAGCUGAGAACAGGGGGAAGAAUCGCUAUAACAAUGUCCUGCCUUAUGAUGCUUCUCGAGUCAGACUUUCAGUUCAGACCCAUUCGACGGAUGACUACAUCAAUGCCAACUAUAUGCCUGGCUAUCAUUCCAAGAGAGAUUUCAUUGCCACACAAGGACCUUUACCCAACACUUUGAAAGAUUUUUGGCGUAUGGUUUGGGAGAAAAACGUAUAUGCCAUUGUUAUGUUGACCAAAUGUGUGGAACAGGGAAGGACCAAAUGUGAGGAGUACUGGCCUUCCAAGCAGGCUCAGGACUAUGGGGACAUAACUGUGGCAAUGACCUCAGAGGUUGUUCUUCCGGAAUGGACCGUCAGAGAUUUCGUGGUGAAAAAUAUGCAGACAAGUGAGAGUCACCCUCUGCGACAGUUCCACUUCACCUCCUGGCCUGACCAUGGUGUUCCUGACACCACCGACCUGCUCAUCAACUUCCGUUACUUGGUCCGAGACUACAUGAAGCAGAUACCUCCUGAAUCACCAAUCCUGGUGCACUGCAGUGCUGGGGUCGGAAGGACGGGCACGUUCAUUGCUAUUGAUCGUCUGAUCUAUCAGAUAGAGAAUGAGAACACUGUGGAUGUGUACGGUAUCGUCUAUGAUCUUCGGAUGCACAGGCCUCUGAUGGUACAGACAGAGGACCAGUAUGUGUUCCUCAAUCAGUGUGUUUUGGAUAUUAUCAGAGCCCAGAAAGACUCAAAAGUUGAUCUCAUCUAUCAGAACACAACCGCAAUGACAAUCUAUGAAAACCUCGAGCCAGUGAGCAUGUUUGGAAAGACUAACGGUUACAUCGCCUAGUUCCAAAGCAAACGCUUUCCGUCACACCCACAGUGAAGGAAAAUGCCCUGAUGUGGACAUGUGUUUAUACGUCUCAUUUCUCAGUUCUGUGUUCUGUUCUGUUAGCACUAACUACCUUGGAGGGCAUGAGGCUGUGCGUGUAAAACAUGGCAGACAGAGUUAGGGCUGUCAGGGGUUGUGGACAGGUGAUGUAUCAAUCAGCUGCAUUCCUGAUUACCCAUGUGUUGGGUUCACUUUUUUUUCCCCUUGAGAAUUGUGGAAAAACCAGGAAAAGUAAGCUACAAUUUUAUUUUUCUUUUCCAAAAGAUUCGUUCUCUCUCUCUCUCUCUCUCUCUCAUUUUUUUGUUCUCUCUCUCUCUCUCUCUCUCUCUCUCUCUCUCUCUCUCUCAUUUUUUUAGGACUUUUCUAUGAUUCACAUGCUAAAGUCAGGAUUGUGUUGGGUUGGAUAUAUUUUAAGUAUCAGAGGUCUAUUUUUACCUACUGUAUCUUGGAAUCUAGCUGAUGGAAAUACAUGACUGUGGGUGUUUAUCAUGCAGGGAGGGGCACGCGGUGCCUUUUCUGCAUGGGUUUCUAUUUGAACAUGUGCCUUUUUUGAAUUAUGCUUCCACAGGCAAAACUCAGUAGAUAUCUCUAUUUUUAUAUUGAAUCUCAUAAUUGGAGUAUACAGAAUAUUUAAAUGGUAACUUAGUAUCAGAGGUUUGCCUUCUCAGUAACAUUCCUGUUCUCAUUGAUUAGAGGAGGCUUUCUCUGGGACCCAUUUUUCGCAUAGAUUUGUAUUCCAUUGUUUUUCUCCCCCCCCCCCCCCAGUUUUCUUCAAAGACUUCUGUUGGUGACAUUUUCAUCCCGUCGCUUGGUUGAGAAUAGAAAUUUAAAAUAUCACCACGAUAUCUCUGUGGGGUGGGGUUGGGAGAGAGAGAAAUUGUCAUACCACGGCAUACACCCCUUCCCACCCCAUCUUCUACUUUCUCUCAUUUCCGUCUUUGGUAAGAAGGAUUAUUUAAAGGUGCAAUAUGUGACUUAGUGGUUCACGAUGCUCUGGGUUUUUAGAAAUGUUUUACUCAGGUUGGCAUUUUACGUAUGUCUGUGUUUAUGUGUGUGUGUGUCUGUGUGUGUGUGUUUUAUAGCAUGGUGAUCUGUGAAUAUUUCAGUGUGAACUCAGAUUAACCCCCUUUUCCUCCGAAGUCCACUGGCUUUAGACUCUAUCUGCAGUGACACACAUCAGUAUCUACUGUAUAUAUAAAUACUAAACUCUUACACCAGUCAUUCCUAUGAAUUGAGGUGUACAAAGUUUGAUUUGUAUCAAAGAUGUAAUUAUUAUUUUUAAAACCUCUUUUCACUACACUGCUGCUGUAAUUACUUUGAGUUUUAAAGAAAAUGUAGAUUCUUGUUUUGCUUCAGGUGUGUAUUCACCAAGAAUUUUAGAAUUUAUGAGGAUUAUUUUAUUGGUACAUAAUCUGUAAACUUCUCAAGGCAUUAACAUGACAAGAUUUGUGUCUUUUAUCUUGUGGCUCAGGUUAUAUUUGAGGAAGUUUUGAAUUUAUUCUCUAGUAGGCAAUGAAGUAUAUAAGGUCUUAUGAAGGAAUCAAAGUCCCUGGAGCCCUGGGGCUGUUUUCCACAGGGAUACAUUCUGCUGGAUGUUUGUGACAAUGGUCUCCUGUUGAAGAUGAUGAAGUGGGGUCUUCCCUGAGGUCCUGGCCACUGUGGGCCCCGGGGUAGCCUUCUGGCAUUCUGUACUCUGCACUUCACUCAGCAGCACUUUGAUGACUGUGUGUACAUGAUCAUGAGUAUUUGAGGGUCAUAGAGGGUGAACCAUGGUGUACUUAAAACCCUUGGUGUGAUCAGAGUUGUAGUGCUGUAUGUGUUCUGGCCGCCUUUCCUUCUAGGUACUGAGAGAAUUGAAAGGAGGGCUCAGAAUGUCAUCGUGCUUUGGGGGAGAAUUUUGCUUCUCAAACGGAAACUGCACUUUUUGCCAAUUCCUUUGCGUUUUAAUGUCCAUUUACUGUCAGGUCUUUCAAGGAAAGGACUGGCCAGGGCAGGUUGGGCCCCUUGACUGCACCUCACUGGGGACUUUGACAUUGCAGUUGUGAAUCAGGGAAGCCAUGCUGUCCCAAGGUGUGAAGGAAUGAAUCUGAAUGUGGACUUACUUUCCCAAAUCCCAUUUAAUCUGACCCCUAGCAUGCGCUGACUCUGGGGUGCUAUACAGAUGGACCUGUCUGGUGAUAGUUCUGUGUACCACCACCCGACCUGCUCAGUGUGUUAGGAGCCACUGUAGUGAAUAGUAGGGGGUCAAAUCUGGUGCAGUGCCUGAGCCUUGCCUCGACUGCCGUAGGAAAGGCAGAGGAAAGGACUUGCCCCAGCAAAGUCCUAUAAAAGAUUGGAGUCUCUUAAAAAAUGAAAGCAACAUAAUUAUAAACAUACUGUAUAAAAAUGCAAAACACAGAAAUAUUCUCUGCUUCUGCCUGUAUGGAUCUGGAAAGUCCCAGCAAGCCACUCUCACGUUAUUCCCAGGCCCAGGGAAAAAUGCUAGUUAGUGGCAGAGAGAUGGAGAGUUCCAAAUAGACAGGUUACACGAAGGUCACCAUGCCAUUCCACAUCCGGAGGAGGACUGUGUGGUGGGGUUUGCCUAGCACAGUCAGUGGAAAGGGAAGAUUAGCAUGUUGGUAAGAAGAUCAUGUGACAGAAGCUGAGGCUGGUCAGAGGCGAGGGGAGAGUACUUCUCUCUGUAUGCCCCAAGCUCUCAAUGGAACUGGGAACCAGAAUUUGAAGAGUGGUGAAAUUGGGAUGAUGGAGCUCCCUGCUCAGAUGUGAUGGCUCCACAGAGCAAAACAGCUGGUGUAGGACUCACCGUCAGUGAAAGGGCUACAGACUAGUGGCCAGCUGCUGUGGAGGACGUGGGCCAUUGAUGUCUUCUAAGACAGACACUUUUCCUCCAGAGCCGAAUCUAGUGAAUGGGCAGCAGAAGAACAUUUGGUGUCUGUUCUCUGAGGCCACUUUGUGAUCUCCAGCCAGACUUUGGCACGUGGACCCUCUGGAUUUGUGCUUUGUGAAGUUGGAGGCUCUGGGGGGUGGGAGUGGGGAGGAGGUAGGCAAGGGUCAACCAUGCAUUUAUACUUGCUUUUCUGGGAUGGAGAAGCCCAGUCUUUUGUAAUGCUUGAUUGCAGUUUGUGCUUGUUGAGCUAAAUAAGCCUGCUGACAGAAGUUGAUUCACCUCAAAACAAAGUCAGAAUUCUGUGUUUUCAGACUACCAUGUAGCAACUGUGUGUUUAACAACCAUAGCGUUUUCUCCCUGGGGCACAGAAGUAUUGAUGCGGACUUUAAAACGUACUUUUCUUGUAACUAUUGUGGAAUGAUGCACAUUUCUAUGUCUGUUAUACUUGGCCAGAGUAUUGCUGUUGGUUGCUUUUUUUUUAAAGGAAAAAAAUGGCCUGAAAAAACUUUUUUAAAGACUUACAAAUACCAAAUAUAAAAUAUGUCAACACA